AUGGCCGCUUCAUCGGGACCCACCCUGCGAAACGCCGCCCUUGCUGUUCCAUCAUCAUCUGCCGCCGCCCCAGCCUCGAUUGACGUCGGCAUGCUGUGCCGCACCUUUGCAUCGACCUCGCUCCGCACCGCUGACAACAAGGCGUCGGCAUCCAAAACUGGCAGUGCAUCUGCAGCAUCGACAUACACUGCCAUUCUGGACUCGCUGCAGGACACGUUGGACAAAUCCACGCGCGCUGGGUCGGGAUCUCGCCUCUCUCGCCCAUCCGACGGUCGACGCGGCUACGUCGAGGACCUCGAAGCCGACUGGGCAGCACGAGCGGUGUACGGCGAGCCGAGCUGGCCAGCGACGCCGUUCAGCGGACGAAGCAUCCGUGUGACCCCGCAGGCGGAUCCGGCCCGUGCAUAUGGCCAGCUCUCGGUGCUGUUGAGGAGGAACAACGUUCGACAGGAGCUGCGGCUGCAGCAGAGGUACGAGAAGCCGAAUGAGGAGAGGAGGAGAAAGAAGAGCGAGAGGCACAGGAGGAGGUUCGCAGAUAUGGUGCGCAAGAAGGUGCAGCUGGUUAUGGCGAUCAAGGCUCGCGGGGCUUAA